AUGGCGGAAGGAGGAGCGGCCGAUCUGGAUACCCAGAGAGGAGAGGUCGCGGCACUGCUGAAAACACAGCUAAGAAAGGGAGACACUUGGUACUUGGUGGACAGUCACUGGUUCAAACAGUGGAAGAAAUAUGUGGGAUUUGAUAGCUGGGACAAAUACCAGAUGGGAGACCAGAAUGUCUACCCAGGACCAGUUGAUAACUCUGGUCUUCUCAAAGAUGGGGAUGUGCUGGCCAUCAAGGAGCACCUCAUUGACGAGCUGGACUACAUCCUGGUCCCAACGGAGGGCUGGAAUAAGCUCGUCAGCUGGUAUGGCUUGUCGGAGGUUCAGGAGCCAAUUGCACGCAAGGUGGUGGAACAGGGUAUGUUCGUGAAGCACUGCAAGGUGGAGGUGUACCUGACGGAGCUGAAGCUCUGUGAAGACAGCAACAUGGACAAUGUGAUCACCAGACGCUUUAGUAAAGCUGACACAAUAGACCUGAUAGAAAAGGAGAUGAGGAAGCUGUUCAGCAUCCCCGAUGAGAAGGAGACCAGGCUUUGGAACCGGUACAUGAGCAACACCUUUGAGCCUCUCAACAAACCUGACAGCACUAUUCAAGACGCGGGCCUCUACCAAGGACAGCAACAGCAGACGGAGCCUCAGUUUCCUUCUUCAUGCUGUCUCCUGCAGGUUCUGGUAAUAGAGCAGAAGAAUGAGGAUGGCUCAUGGCCCCGAGGCUCCACAGCACCCAAGUCAUCUGGUGCUUCCAAUCUCUCUGCUUUGCCAAAGAUCUCGCCUUCAUCUCUCACAAACAAUCAUAACAGCAGCUUCAACAGCAGGAAUGUGAAGAAUUCAAGCUAUAGUCUGCCAUCCUACCAUCCUUACAGCAACAGCUAUGACUACUCAGACCAGAGCAGGCAGAGUGAGCGCUCAGGCCUCUGUGGACUCUCCAACCUGGGCAACACCUGCUUUAUGAACUCUGCUGUGCAGUGUUUAAGCAAUAUCCGUCCACUGACGGAGUUCUUCCUCAAAGACAAGUACACAGACGAGCUGAAUGAGGACAACCCACUGGGCAUGAAGGGGGAGAUUGCCAGAGCCUACGCGGAGCUCAUCAAGCAGCUGUGGUUGGGCAAAUAUAGCUACGUCACCCCAAGGCCUUUCAAGACCCAGGUGGGCCGCUUUGCCCCCCAGUUCUCGGGCUACCAGCAGCAGGACUCUCAUGAGCUGCUGGCCUUUCUCCUGGAUGGCCUUCAUGAGGACUUGAACCGCAUCAGGAAGAAGCCCUACAUACAGCUCAAGGAUGCUAAUGGCAGGCCUGAUAAGGUGGUGGCAGAGGAAGCGUGGGAGAGCCACAUCAAGAGGAAUGACUCCAUCAUUGUGGACAUCUUCCAUGGCCUUUUCAAGUCCACCUUGGUGUGUCCCGUGUGCUCCAAGGUCUCCGUGACAUUCGACCCUUUUUGCUACUUGACUCUACCACUACCCAUGAAGAAGGAGCGCACACUAGAGGUUUAUUUGGUCAGAUUGGACCCUAUGGCCAAACCCACACAGUACAAGCUGACCGUGCCGAAGGUGGGCUACAUCUCCGACCUGUGUACCUCCCUCUCCAGCCUGUCUGGGGUGCCUGCUGAGAAGAUGAUUGUAACUGACAUCUACAACCACCGCUUCCACCGGAUCUUCGCCACUAACGAGAACCUCAGCAGCAUCAUGGAGAGAGAUGAUAUCUACGUGUUUGAGGUAGCGGUGAACAGGGUGGAGGACACAGACCACGUAGUGAUCCCAGUGCACCUGAGGGAGAAGUACAAGCAGUCAGGCUACAACCACACCAGCACGCCGCUGUUCGGACAGCCCUUCCUCAUCGCCGUCCCCAGAACCCUCAGUGAAGACAAACUCUACAACAUGCUGCUCCUACGCCUCUGCCGGUUCGUGCGAUGUCCUGUGGAGGAGGAUGAGGAGGAGGAUUGUGAAGAGACGCAGUCGUCCAAACAGCACACUGUCAACGGCAACGCCACUAAUGGACUGAUGGAGGAGGGGUCGCCAAGUGAGAUGGAGACGGAUGAGCAGGAUGACGAGUCCAGUCAGGAUCAGGAGCUGCCGUCUGAGAACGACAACAGCCAGUCAGAGGACUCUGUGGGCGGGGACAAUGAACUGGAGAACGGCAUGGUCGCUCCGCAGAACUCCACCAAAGUUCAGCAGACGGCCGGGCACAACAGAAAGAGACUUUUUACAUUCCAGUUCAAUAACAUGGGCAAAACUGACUUCUCCCUCAUCAAGGAGGACACCAGGCAGAUCCGUUUUGAUGAGGGACACCUUCGACUCAGUGACCGCUCUUAUCUCUCUUUGGACUGGGAACCGGAGAUGAAGAAGAAGUACUUUGACGAGACCGUUGUCGAGGACUUUGAUAAGCACGAGAGCAUGGAGUACAAGCCUCAGAAGAAGGCGUUCUUCAAGCUGAACGACUGCAUCGAGCUGUUCACCACGAAGGAGAAACUGGGAGCAGAGGACCCUUGGUACUGUCCGAACUGUAAGCAGCACCAACAGGCCACUAAGAAGCUAGACCUGUGGUCUCUGCCGCCGGUGCUGGUGGUCCAUCUAAAACGAUUCUCCUACAGUCGCUAUAUGAGGGAUAAACUGGACUCCCUGGUUGACUUCCCACUCAGAGAUCUGGACAUGUCCGAGUUCCUGAUUAACCCCAAUGCUGGGCCUUGCCACUAUGACCUCAUCGCUGUUUCCAACCACUACGGCGGGAUGGGUGGAGGCCACUAUACUGCUUAUGCUAAGAACAAAGAUGACGGAAAGUGGUACAACUUUGAUGACAGCAGCGUGUCGCCUGCCAACGAAGAUCAAAUAGUGUCCAAAGCAGGGUACGUGCUGUUCUACCAGCGCCAGGACACCGUGAAAGGCACCGGCUAUUUCGCUCUCGACCGCGAGGAAGAGCAGGAGGAGGAGGAGGAGGGAGAAGAGGAGGAGAACGAAAGCGAGGAGAGGAAGGGCGCCUCGUCCGCUUUAGGGGCCUCAUCUUCCGCAGCCGCCACCGCCACCGCCUCCGCCACUACCUCCGCCUCUGCCUCUGCUUCUGCUUCUGCCUCUGCUUCUGCUUCUGCCUCUGCCUCUGCCUCCUCUGCUUCCGCUGCCCUGAGUGACGAGGAGGACCUGAACGAGAACCGGCGCAGGAAGAACGACAAUGAGCAGGAACAGGAGGAGGAGGAAGAGGAGGAGGAGGAGGAAGAAGAAGAAGAAGAAGAAGAAGAAGAAGAAGAGGAGGAGGAGGAGGAGGAGGAGAAGGAGGAGGAGGAGGUGCCCAAUCCAGACGUCACCAUGAAAACCAACUGAGGCAAAUGAAAUAAAUGGAGAGAGAGAGAUUGGGAUCUUUCCAUCCAAAGCCAUAUGGACACACAGCAUGGCAGCGGGCGCCACCAGUCCCACCCAGCCGCUCGGAUUCGACCUCUCGACAGGCGGAGCCGCUGUGGGGAUGAAGGCUGUUUGGUCAGAGUGCUGCCGGGGUACGCAACAACGCUAAAAAAAAAAAAAAAAAUCAGGGCCCUCUGUGGUUGGAUCACUGUGUGUGUGUGUGUGUGUGUGUGUGUGUGCGCGCGCAUGUGUGAGAGUGUGUUGCCACGUCCAUCCAUUUACUUUGUCUAAAGGAUUUCGCUCACCCGCUCUCUGAAAAGAGUCACUGAACGUCACCUGCGGACCGACUCCGAGGCUUCACGCUCCUCCGUGUGGCGCUCCGAGUCUCCCCCUUUUGCUUUUUGUUUUCCUUUGUUGUUCUUUUAUAUAUAUAUAUAUAAUGUUUUUGAGAGCAAUGCAUCAUUGGCAUAUCAUUUUUAGUAUCGUUUAGACCUUGUAUAUAUUUUAAACACUGAAUUAUAUGUGGUUUCAUGAUGCGCUGAAACAUUUUGAACUUGCACAAUCGCCAACCAUCCACUUUUUUUUUUUAAACUUUAUUAUUGCCAGACAUACUGCAAAUGUUCAAUGAUGACUCAGAGGUUUUUCUCACAUUUAAAAAAAAAAAAGGUUUAGGAAGCUGCCUUUAGUAAACCAGUGGUGAGACGCGUCUACCGUCUAGAUUCAACAUAGAGAAGUGAUGCCUGUAGCUGUGUGAGUUUAUUAAGUGUCAAACAGCCAAACUGUCCUAGCUCUGUGCUGCUGCUGCUGCUGCUGCAAUGAUCCUUCAUAUUUUGACAGACUAUCAGUGUAUCAGCAUGAACCUUAAUCUCUCAAGGUCCUGCUUUUCUCGUCUCUCUAGCCUCCUCCGUUGGAAAUUACCGUAACCCUAAAAUAAAACAGGAUCAAGACGUCAUCCAGCUAACUCCUGACAGACUCUGUAAGCGCAUAUCUUGAAUUAGGAAAACAUAGGGAUGUUUCAGAAAUCCCUCAUGUUCAUAUCUACAAGCACUCUGUCUUAAAUGGUGAUAGCGUGCAUGAAUUGAAAGUUACUCAGAGAUCCAAAUGUAAAAAAACAACCUUCUCUUCAGCUCUCUCCGUAGGUGUUUUUUAAAAGCUUUCUCCUUCUUCUUCAUCAUCAUAUUGGAGGCACUGAGAGAUUAGGAACAUGGGUGACUUCGCCGACAUCAGAUGGCACCGUCUUUUGUUUGGAUCACCUCGGCCUUAAAUUCUUAAUCUCAGACCGGUGGCCUUUUUCUUUGCACAUCACAAUCACGCGCCGUCUUUGUCUCACAUCACCCCCUCCCCUCUCCCCCUUCAUACACGAACACUCGAAUGUCCGUAUUAUUUGUAAGACACUGCUUUUUAUAUCGCAGCCAUGUUUUUUGUUUUAAAUCCACACGAGGGCCAGAAUGUAUGCUGAAUGAAAUGAACACUGACCAGAUGUAUGUGGUUGAUGCCUUUUUUUUUUUUUUUAUUAUUUCUUCAUAGGGACAGAUUUUUUCCUCUCUUUUUCUCUUUUCAUGGCUCCCUUUCUUGGUUUGGUUGAAUGUGAUGGUAAUGGGUUCUUCGCCUUUGAUAUUAGCCGUAUGAAUUCAUGAGUAAUGCUGAAUGCGUCCCCCUUUUUUUUUUUCUUCCCAGAGGUGGAAAAUGCUUCUUUGUGGUCCUGAGCUUUGAGGAUGGGGAGGGAGGGAGACAAAAAACAGAACUUUUUUUUUUCAGGGGGGUGAGUCCGCUUAAAAGGCCUUUCAGCUUUUGGGAUCAUGAUACAGUGAAAAUAUUUUGUGGCAGAUGGUUGCAGGAUAUUCCUCCAUCAGUGCAACUCAUGAUGAAACUAUUCUCCAUGGUGGAGUGCGCCUCUUACGUUUUCUUUUUCUACCUGUUCUUUCCAUUGUAAACAGCAUUAGCGUACCUGUUGUUGCCUCAGAAUAUUAGACGCGCUCCACGCCUUGAUGAGCAUCUCCGUGCUUCGACUUGAGUGGGCUUUUACUUCCUCAGCGCUGCCUUGCCUUUUGGGGGGCGACUCACCCCUCCCUCCACCUCCCCCUCUGCCUCCAUCCUGACUGAGUGAGAUGUGAUUGCUACUAUAGGCUUAUACAAUUCUGUACAUAAGAGUUCACUCUGUGAGUGCACAUUUGAUAAAGUUUAUUUAUUUAUAUGUAAGCAUUUAAUAAUAAACAGACAAUAUAUUUAAAAUCUUGACAAGACCUGAAAUGUCGGGGUGGGAGGUGGGGAUCUGUGGCUCCAGUCCACACAAACACACUAGUUUGCGAAGUCUUGCCUGUGCUAUUGUCAGGGAGGGAAUAUUUUUUAAAAAACAAAACAAAGGAUGGCUCUUGUUGAUCUGGGACUUUUUUUGUAAAAAAUAAUCCAGACAUCCUUGCAUGAUGACAUUAAGGGGGUUUCCAGGUUUGGCUGCACUUGAGUUCACUUGGGUUUACAUUUGAAUUGUGCAUGUGUAUUUAUACACAAUCUUCAAUAAAGUUGUGUAAAGCUU